AUGGAGAAACUACUACAACUCAACAUAAAGGAGAUAAAUUAUGCGAAUUACAAGAGCCAAAGAGGACGAGGUCGUGGCCGUGGACGAGGACAUGGAGGAGAAGGAAUAGGCGGUUACAACAAUUACUCUAACAAUGGAGAAAGAAGUUGGAAUCCACAAGCAACAAGAGGUCGUGGAAGAGGAAAAUCAUGGUCGAGGUGUGACAAAUCAAAAAUCAAGUGCUUCAACUACAACAAGCUCGGUCACUAUGCAUCUGAGUGUAGAUUUUCGAAGAAGGUUGUGGAGAAAGCUAACUUUGUAGAAGAAAAAGGCGGAGAAGAAGAAACUUUGUUGCUCGCGUGCCAAAACCAAGUUGAAGAGAAAAGAAACAAAUGGUACCUCGACACCGGCGUAAGAAAUCACAUGUGCGGUGAUCAAAGCAUGCUCGUAGAGAUCAAUGAAGCGACAACUAGAAAUGUCUCAUUUGGAGAUGACUUAAAGAUACCAAUCAAAGGCAAAGGUAAAAUUCUUAUACGCUUGAACAAUGAGAGUCAUCAAUUCAUAUCCAAUGUCUACCAUGUUCCUAACAUGAAGAAUAAUAUUUUGAGCUUGGGACAAUUAUUAGAGAAAGGUUAUGACAUCCACUUGAAAGAACAUAGUCUUUUCUUAAGAGAUUGUAGACAUAACUUGAUUGCUAAGGUGCACAUGUCAAAGAAUAGAAUGUUUCUCUUGAACAUUCAAAACAAUGUUGCAAAGUGUCUCAAGACUUGCUAUAACAACUCUUUGUGGCUAUGA